AUCGACACAGAAAUGUCUUCUAACGUUGGCUUGAGCACUCCUCGAGGUUCCGGGACAAGUGGCUAUGUACAACGGAAUUCUGCAAAUUUAAGACCGCGCGAUCAACCGUAUCCAUCGAAAGACACCGUAGAUUCGGCGAGGUACAAGCAGCGUCAACCGGACAAGGAAAUCCUAGAGCAUGAUCGGAAGCGAGAGAUUGAGGUGAAGGUGUUUGAGCUACGCGACAAGCUGGAAGAUGAGGGUGUGGACGAAGACGACAUUGACGACCAAUGCGAUGCGCUGCGCAAGAAGCUCGAGAGAGAGCCGGCCUCAAGGCCAAGAGGUGGUAAUGCGCGCGGUCUGAAGCAGCAUCAAGUUCACGAGAUCGCGAAGGCAAAGAUUGAGGAAAGUGAGAGAUUACGCAAAGCAUUUGGCAUAUCCAAAGACUACGAGGAAGGCAGUCAUUGGCGCAAGCAAGAGGAAAAGCGGGUGGAAGCAGAGAGGGAGCGAGCAAAGGGCGACGAGCGCGAUCGUGACUGACGCACCACUCUGAAUGCAACGAUCAUAUUGAUUGAGAUGGGAGGACACGCGGAUGCGUUGAGUUUGCUUCGACGAUCUGGGCUGCGCAGUCCUAUCAUGCGCUGCUGACGGGUGCAUGAAGCAGGCCGGCUAUUGCAUGUGCCUCUGUGCUUGGAACGCGAGCCAGAAGGCUACGAGGUCCGCAUGUGAGACGAAUGGAGCAGUACUACCACAUGUUGAUUGUUUGCCGAUGUUGUGCGGGCGUUUGCAACUUCAGCUCCUUCCCGAUCCAGCAUU